AUGUCUAAAGCAGCGCUCCUCGUGGGCGCUCUGCUGGCCCUUGUCAUGUGCCUGGCGGCGACGGCCGUCUCGGCGCAGCGGUCGGUGGAGUGCCAGAUGGUGUGGACAGGCGCGUCCUCUAACAACAGCCUGUUGGCCUGCCUGGGGAACAAGGGCCGCAUCCAGUCUCAAUGGGCCUUCUACCUGUAUCCCGGCUUCGCUGCCCUCAUCUUUAUCUUUACGCUCAUUGUGCUGCCAAUCGUGUUCUGCUGCGGCUGCUGCAAGGCGUCUGCGACGCCGGAGGAGAUGAAGGACAUCGGCGUUGCUCGCUGCUACCUGUGGAUGUGGAUCGCGAUUUCGGUGCUUAUGGCGUGCGGCGUGUGCGUGCUGCUGGUGUACGGCGCCGUCUUACUGGGGCAGACCGCCAACCAAAUCGUCAGUGACGUCGAGAACCGCACGCUAGAUUACUUCAACGAGACCCGCAUGAGCAUCACGACGCUGCUGACGAACUACAGCGCGAGCCCACCGACACCACCGACGAUCGACCUCAAUGCCUUCGACUCUCUCAACGGCAACAUUACGUACUACGCGCAUAUGGUCCGCGACAGCUACCCAAGUACUUUCGCAUUGCC